CAUCACAUCCCUUCCCUUCCCUUCUCACCCCAUCUCUCCCUUCGUACCCCAGCUCCGUCAGCUCAUCUUGCUGGGCUCCUAUCGACGCGGGAGCUUCUGUAUCCCCUCUCCCGCCUCCGUCGACCGACGCCUCCUGCCAACGGGCCGGGAUCAUCGCUGCUCUCUUUGGUACGUCCGUACGUGCCGACUCAAGGUCUGCCCCGCCAAAGAAUCGGAUGCUCCUCGUUCUUCGCCCGCAGCCCCUCCUCGACCUACCUAUGCUACCCUGCCCUGCCAACCCUCGUCCGUUUCAUUCCAUCAUUUCCAGUUCCUACAGCUUGAUGUCACGCUCCCGAGCGCCGGGCGAGUGUCCGUCCAGGUUGUUGCUCAAACCAUCACCUCGGUCGGCAUCGACACCUUCCAGGCUGGAUGUGGCCUCGGUCACGCAUCGCCUUCCCCAUUGUCCCUGGUCUAGCUUCCCUAGUUGGAAUCCUCGUCAACCUCCAUUGGCCUGGCUGGACCAUCGUGUGCGAUGGCUUCUACCCUGCAAGGUUAUUAGAGUCAGUGGAAAUGGCUUUUCAACAAUCUGCCCCCAUCCCGAGACGCCCUCGUUUGCCUUUUGCCUUCCCAUCGACCAUCCCAGACAUGCGUAGACGGCAGCACUGCAUCCCGCGUCCGACGAGCCCGAGUCUCUCAGAUGGAGAAAGCCGGCCUGCCAAGCACCAACCGGUCUCACCCGCUGACCUAUGCCCAGGUUACAGUCGGUGCUUUCAGGCGCUCCAGUGCCCAACAUGCCGUCAGCAUCCCAAAAGGGCUUUCGGAAGGUCCAGACCUUCAAGACGGACUAUGCGCCCUGCACAAUCACCCAGUAUGUCUCGGACCGGAGUGGCAUGCAGGUCGUGGUUGCCGACCGCCAGGGUCCCAAGAUCAAUGGCUACUUCACCCUCGCUACGGAGAUUUUGGACGACUCGGGUGCCCCCCAUACUCUCGAGCAUCUGAUUUUUAUGGGGUCCAAGAGCUACCGCUACAAGGGCCUGCUCGACAAGCUGUCAUCCCGCGCAUACUCCAACACCAACGCCUGGACCGCCACCGACCACACGGCUUACACCCUUGAGUCGGCCGGCUGGGACGGCUUCGCCCAGGUGCUUCCCGUCUACCUGGAGCAUGUUGUCCUGCCCGUCAUUACCGACGAUGCCAUCGCCACCGAGGUAUGGCAUAUCGACGGCGAGGGAAACGAUGCGGGCGUUGUCUACUCGGAGAUGCAGGCCGUCCAGUUCCGCAGCUCCGAGAUCAUGGACCUCAAGGCCCGUAGGUUGAUGUAUCCCGAGAACGUCGGCUUCCGCUACGAAACAGGUGGCAUGACCGAAGCUCUCCGCGUACUAUCCCCAGAGCGCAUUCGCCAGUUCCACCACGACAUGUAUCAGCCGCGGAACCUCUGCCUCGUCAUUGUCGGCGAGACCAACCACGAGAAUCUGCUCCAAAUUUUGAACGAGUUUGAGGAGAGCAUCAAGGACGACAUCCCAUCACUCGAGACCAAAUUCCAACGCCCGUGGAUCGACUCCGCCCAGCCUCCCGCUCUCAAGGAGUCCGUCAUCACGACGGCAGAGUUCCCGGAGGAGGACGAGUCUGUUGGCGAGAUUCUGGUGGGCUUCUUCGGGCCCAAUUGCAUCGACCUCAUCGCAACCUCGGCUCUCAACGUCUUGCUCACGUACCUCUGCGGAUCCUCCGUCUCGGUCCUCGAGAAUGUGCUCGUCGAAAAGGAGGAGCUCGCCAGCUCCAUCAGCCACUGGUGGGAGUCCAGGCCCAACUCUGUCAUUUGGCUGCAACCCACGGGUGUUGCGACAGAGAAACUUGAAUUUGUCGAGAAGCGUCUGUUUCAGGUUUUGAACGACGUUGCUUCGAAUCCUCUCGAUAUGGGUUAUAUGAAAGAGUGCAUCAGGAGAGAAAAGCGUCAGGUCAAGUUCCACGCCGAGACCUCCGAGUCCUUUUACGCUACCAAUAUUAUCACCGACUAUCUCUUUGGCAAACGGGAUGGGUCGACCUUGAGGGACCUCGAGACCCUGAGCGAGUACGACGCCAUGGAGAGAUGGACAGACGAGGAGUGGCGUCAGUUUCUGCGGACCUGGAUGAUAGAUGCUCACCAUAUUUCCAUCCUCGGAAAGCCCUCCCUAGAGCUGGCCGUCAAGAUGAAGGGCGAUGAGGAAGCACGCAUCACGAAGCGCAAAGAGGAGCUCGGCGAAGACGGUUUGCAGAAGCUGGCGAAGCGUCUCGAAGAGGCCAAGAAGAACAACGACGUGCCUGUUCCUGCUGAGGUAAUUGACCAUUGGACAGUCCCUGGAACCGAGUCUAUCCACUUCAUAGAGUCCGACACCGCCCGCUCUGGCCGCGGACGGGCCGUGGGUAUCGGCGAGGGGCAGGCUCAGUCGUUGAUUGACGGUUCUCCCGAGGGCAAGUUGCCUCUUUUCAUCCAGUUUGAGGACGUCCCGACCAACUUCGUACACAUCUCAAUUCACAUCGGCACCGCCGAUGUACCCGUCGAGCUGAAACCUCUGAUGCCUAUUUUCAGCGACAACUUCUUCAACACCCACAUCAUGCGGAACGGCGAACUAGUCAACUUUGAGCAGGUCGUCAUGGAGCUGGAGAGAGACAGCAUUGGCUACGGAAUCGGCUCAGCGCGAUCCCUGGCGGACCCGGAGGGCUUCAUGAUACAGUUCCAGGUCGAGCCCGACAAGUACGCCGCGGCCGUGAACUGGCUCCGCACCAUGAUGUUCGACUCCGUGUUCGACCCCCAAAGGCUCAAGGCCGCUGUGACAAAGGCCCUGGCCGACAUUCCCGAGGGGAAGCGCGACGGACGCGGGAUGGCCAGCGAAGUGGACGCGGCCAUCCACCUUGACAGGUCGACCCUGACCGUGGCUAAGCGUGUGCUGGUCCGCGCCGUCUACCUCAAGCGCCUCAAGAAGCUUCUAAAGAGCGACCCGGACAAGGUCGUUUCAUGGUUCAACACCAUCAGGAAAUCGCUCUUCACGUUCCAGAACAUGCGGUUCCUCGUCACUGCGAACCUCAAAAACCUGGUGGAUCCCAUCACGACGUGGGACAUUCUCAGCCAGUCCCUUACAGCGCAGGAGGACAUGGUGCCCAUCCCAAAGGCUGAAAGCCUUCUCAACGAUGAGGGCCGCAAGCCGGGCUCGGUUGGUGCCGUCAUCAUUCCCAUGACUACUCUCGACAGCUCGUACUCGGUCAGCUCCGCACCUAGCGUCAUGUCGCUGUCUGAUCCGCGCUUCCCCCCGCUCCUGGUGGCAAUUGGGUAUCUUGAAGCGGCCGAAGGCCCGCUGUGGAACGCCGUUCGCGGCGCGGGUUACGCGUACGGGUCAUACUUUGCACGAAACGUCGACUCGGGCAUCCUGUCGUACCGGGUCUUCCGCUCUCCGGACGCAUACAAGGCCAUCAUCGCCUCGCGUGACGCCAUCCUCAAGGUCGCCGACGGCACGGUGGAAAUUGACCGUCACCUGCUGGAGGGCACCAUGAGCCAGAUUGUCGUCCUGUUCGCCGACGAGCAGUCGACGAUGCCGUCUGCUGCGCAGCAGAACUUUGUGAAUGGCGUCGUGCGCGGCCUGUCCAGGGACUGGAACAAGGAGAUCCUCCGGCAGGUCCGUGCCGUGACAGUCGAUGAGAUUAGGAACAUCAUCAAGGAAUUUAUCCUGCCGUGCUUUGAGCCCGGGAAGAGCAAUGUGGUUGUCACAUGCGCCAAGUUGAUGGCAGAGAAUAUGGAGACUGGCUUCAAGGGCAUGGGUUACGAGGUGCGGACGAGGGAGCUGAGUCACUUUCACGAUGACUACGGCCUGGAGGCGGGCGAGGACGAGGAUGAAGAUGAAGAUGACGAGGAUGACGAGGAUGGCUCCGACGACGGGGACGACGGCGAGGAGGACGAUUCGGAGGAGGACUGAGGAGCAGUGGAGUAGACGGAGGAGAGCGACGGGGAGUCACAGGCACGGGAUGAUGUGUCUAGAUGUCGGCCAUGCUGGGUUCGGGAUCGGCAAUAGAAUUUAUCGCUUCAGAAAGGGGGUUCCCGCAAGACCCUGUGUGAGAAGUGACUUGACUGAUUCUGUGCAACGUUUUUUUCUUUCUCAUGACGUCUAUUUUUACAUGGCAUGGGCCGCCGGCUUAUGUCGUGGCAAAUGGCAGCUGCCCGCAUGCUGCUCAGUCUUUUACUA